AUGUCAAACUACAGACCCAUAACUGUUCUGCCAAUCCUGAGCAAAAUUUUGGAACGUUUCGUUCACACGCAGAUUUACAGCUAUUUAUCUGAAAAUAAAAUCCUCUCCGAAUCUCAAUUCGGCUUUAGACCAAAGUUAUCUACGAGUACCGCAUUGGCAUUUUUCCCCGAUACUAUUCUUGAUAAUGCUGACAACGGUCUCAUCACAGCCUCUGUCUUUCUGGAUUUUAGCAAGGCAUUCGACACGGUUGAUCAUGCUAUCCUGUUGUGCAAAUUGAAAUCAUUUGGCCUGGAUAAUAACUCGUUAAAUUGGUUUGAGUCAUACCUUACCAAUCGUCAACAGAAAACGUCAAUUAACAAUACGUUAUCCAGCUCAUUACCUGUGUCAGUUGGUGUUCCGCAAG